AUGUCUUCAUCCGUCUUGGAAAAUCUGCCCUGUGCCCUGCCUUCUCGGCCUCUGCCUGACGAUUUUGACUCAGAAACUAUAUUCAACAGUUUCCAAGACGUUCUGUCCAGCCCCGAUGCGUCGGUCUUUACGACGGAUGCACUAUGGCGGGAUAUGUUUGCUCUGACAGGGAGCAUUCGCACCUUUUAUGGAGCGAGCAACAUCUUCGAAAACUGGAAGACCUUUACCCAGAAAGGGCGACCCAAGCGCUUCAGAUAUGUGCCAAACAGCAUCCGCGAAGUCCGGCUCGGGGAGGCGCAAUGGAUAGAGGGGAUAUUCUCCUUCGAGAUAGAAGAGCCGCCAGCCAGGGUAUGCAAGGCUGGCCUAUCAUUGGUCCCAACUCAAGAUGGAAAAUGGCAGAUCUGGGUUCUGCGCACAUUUAUCGACAGGUUGCAGAAUCAUCCAAGCGUUGACAAACUCGCACCCGCCCACCGCGCCAUGGCAAAUGCGGAGUCAAUACCCUCGAUUGGAGAAGAGCAGGAUGACUUUGAAUGCGUUGUUGUUGGAGCAGGGCAGGCAGGCCUGAGUCUGGCUGGCAGGCUUCAGUCACAGGGCGUCAAAUACGUCCUACUGGAGAAGAAUGCCGAGGUCGGGGACAGUUGGAAAAACAGAUACAAAUCCACCAAACUACACACUACUCGCGAGUCUUCUCACCUCCCCUUUGACAGGACUUUCCCGCCGCAUUACCCGCAAUAUCUUACCAAGGACGAUUUAGCCCAAGGCUACCUAGACUGGUCAAAGAAAUAUGGCAUCAACUGUUGGACGUCAACCACGGUCGUAUCUGGUCAAUGGCACGAGGACGAACAGAGGUGGACGUUGAAUCUACUCCGACACGGGGAGAGUAAAACCAUCACAACCACACAUCUAGUGAUGGCUGUGGGUGCCGGCUGUCAGAUUCCAACCAUGCCCACGUACCCUGGCAUUGAGCGCUUUCGUGGAAAAAUCGUCCACUCAGCUGAUUACACUUCAGCCGAGGGAUGGCAAGGGAAGCAUGGAAUUGUCGUCGGCACCGCAAACACGGCUCAUGAUGUGGCCGAAGAUAUGGUUGCAGCAAAUAUGGCUUCUGUGACUAUGAUUCAACGAUCGCCUACUUACGUCCUGCCGGCGGAGUAUUAUACUAAAGUGCAAAACUUAACGUACAACCCGGAAGUCCCAACAGAAGUGGCUGAUCAAAUGGGCCUCACAAAUCCGCUGGCAGUAGCCAGAAUAACUAGCAUGUUCGUUCUCAAUGGAAUGGCCAAAGCUGAGCCUGAGAGGUUCGACGCUCUUGAAAAGGCCGGCUUCAAAGUCAUCCGCUACGGUGACAUUAUAUAUCAGGUUUUUGAUCGCUUUGGUGGCCAUUACAUGGAUGUCGGUGCUUCCGCGAAGAUUGCCAAAGGCUUGAUAAAGGUCAAAUCGGACGCACUACCCCUGCAGUACACCGAGGACGGACUCGAAUUCACCGAUGGGACAGAGCUCAAAGCCGAUUUCAUCGUGUUUGCCACCGGCUUCGUAGGAAGCAUGAAAGUCGCCAUCCACGACUUACUAGGUUCGGAUGUCGCAGAGCGCAUAGAAGAUUUCUGGGGAGUCAAUGAGGAAGGAGAAAUCAAGGGUGCCUUCGUACCCUCUGGGCGUGAGUUUCGAGCCCCCUAA